AUGGAGUUCAUGACCGCCCUCCAAAACAACCAAGACAACCAAAAGCCCUCCCUCUUCGAGAUCCUCUCCGAACACGAACUCAACGCCCUCAUCCCUCCCUCCAUCCGCUACCUUCUCGCCGUCGCAACGCAUCGCAGCCCGCGAUACCUUCUCCGACUACUGAACAACUUCGACGAACUAUACACUCUCCUUUCCCUCGCAGUAGAACGAUACUACCUACGAACCUACGGCGGUGGCUUCACAGAGAACUUCUAUGGCCUCAAACGAGAGCGCGUACUGCGCAUUAAAGGCGGAGAUGCUACGCGUGCGCGAUUGGGCGCGGCGAAUGAGGUGAGGGAGACGUUGAAGUUGAGGAAUAGUGACGUCUGGAAGAACCUGGCCGUUAUGGUGGCUUUACCGUAUUUGAAGAGGAAACUGGACGAGUCGUAUGAUAUCCACGCGGCUGGGGUGAAUAUGCUUGGACCUGCGUACCGGGAUCGCGAGAGAUAUCCGGCUGAUGGGAACGUCAAGCAGAAGUUCCUGUGGGUGUAUAAGUGGUUCUUGAGGAAUGCCUAUCCGAGUGUGAAUGCCGCGUAUUAUUUCUCGAUGCUGGCGUGGAAUAUGGCGUAUCUGUUUGACGGGAGCAAAUACCAUUCGCCGUUCCUGUGGAUGAUUGGGACGAGGAUCAGGAGAUUGAAUGAAGCGGAUAGCAGGGCUAUUGCGCUGGCUGAACAAGGUGUUAGUGCUGCUUCUGGACCUGCAGCGAGACCAGGUCAAGGCAAUUCGAUCUUCAAUCCGCGGACAUUCGUGAGAUUGGUCCUCCCAUGGCUGCAGUCUGGACUGAAGCUUGCACUACCCACAUCGAUCUUUGCAUUGAAGUUCCUGGAGUGGUGGCACAACUCAGACUUCGCACGACAGCUGUCGAGGAAGGCAAACGAAGGAUUGGAACUGCCUCCACCAACGAUCUCUGGUCUUCCUUCCGCGACUGCUCCUACUGUCAAAUUCGAAGACAAGUCUGAGAAAGACCAAGGCCCUAGCCGCCGGGACUCUGGCGUCGAUGGUCCGCCGAUCUCGUCAACCGGUCUCCUUCCCAUCUUGACCGUCUCUGCACCCGCGUACUCAGCGCCCGACUCAGAGAACACAACUUCGGUCUGCCCUAUCUGCCAAGGUCAAAUCCAGAUCGCUACAGCAGCUCAGACAGGUUAUGUGUACUGCUACACUUGCAUCUAUAAGUGGGUUGACGGCACGCAUCCACGCCAAGAAGCUUUCAUGGAGGGAUCUGGAGACGAAGAAGGCGCGAAAGGAUGGGCUGAAGAAGGUGGCGGCAGUCGUGCUGGGAAGUGGGAAAGCGGUGCUGGAAGAGAUGCUGUCACUGGCAGGAGGGUGCUGGGUGGCACGAGUGGGUUGCGGCGGGUGAUGGUCUGA